AUGGAUCAUUUAGAAGAGCAGAAGCAAACCAAGGAGCGAACGCAAAUCCUUUCCAAUGCAAACUUCAUUUAUAUGUCGGCGACGGACACGGGCUCGGACACACCACUGAACUUUGCGAAGCCGGUGCGGAAUGGUGGAAGCUUUGCUAAUCCGUCGUCUUUCACGAAUUGGACUGGAAUACCUGGUCCUUGGAAUCUCAUAAAAUGGAAGUUAUUCGACACUGACGAGUCCAACAUACCAGAUGAUGAAGCGGUUCUCGACCAGACGCUACCCGUUCAUAACAUCACAAAAUUUGAAUCACAAUCAAAUAGACGAAUGUUUGCGACAUGGCUUGGACAUGCGACUGUUCUUGUACAAAUGGAAGGUGUACGGUUCAUCACUGACCCAAUUUGGUCAAAGAGAGCGUCAUUUUUGCAGUGGAUCGGUCCAAAGCGCUAUAGGCCGCCACCUAUGAAAAUCGAAGAUUUACCGCAGUGCACGAUCACUACGACCACUGGAUGGGAUGCGGUCACGAAGAUCACAGUUACACUUCAAUCCGUCAAUGCGAUGGUUCGUGCCGCUGGGCAUGCAAGAUUGGUUGAAGACAAUCGGGAUAAAGAACACAUCGGAACAUCCGGACAAGGUCACCGAAAUGGAGUGCGAUUAUGGUCAGGAUGGGCAGUGAUGACGCCGAAUCGUCGGUUCUACUACAGUGGUGACACUGGAUUUUGUGAGACGGAGUUCAAGAAGAUUGGCGAUCAACUCGGUCCCUUCGAUCUCGCUGCAAUCCCUAUUGAUGGAUUGAAUGAAUCGCGCACGAUCGACGUCGCCGCAAGAAAGCGGGGCCGUACAUGA